AGAACAGAACCAACGAAAGGUCGCUGCGCAUGCGUGUCUCUUGUUUCUUAUCGCACACAUCCACAAAUCUACUUCCGCCGAUUUUUAUGAGCUGGUUUUUCCCCCCAAGUUUUUAAAAAGAAAUCUUUUCUAAGUAUGUGAUCGAUUCCCAGGAAAGAUACUUUUAUGCAGUUCUUAAGUUGAGGGAUAGCCUGGGUUAUUUUUACAACACCUUUUUACUUUCAAUAUGGUUUGGAUUUCUUUUGAAAUUUAAUGGUGGUACAUUGUUGGGAGGAUAUCUGUGUGGUGGUGAUUUCCCUCAAGCAUUUGGUGCUCCCAUUCUUGAAGCUCUGAUUGUCAUCAGCCUAUAACCAAAAUGCAAAAGUUCCAAUUUAAACUGACAACUAGAGUUUGUUGCCACGUAUUGAUACCUCGUUGCCUUAUAUUGUGCUGAAGUGGCACCUGACUGGAAUCAAGUCUUCGGACGAAACCUGAGCCCAAGACCCUGUUGGAACAAUCCAAUCGGUAUCAUGAUGGCCAACGCAGAGCAAGAUAUGCACAUGUGCCUGAGCUGUCAUCAGACCAUAGUUGGUUUGAUGAACUAUGUUCAGCACAAGCAGGCUGGCUGCCAAUCAACAAAGAGUAUUGCUCAGCAGGCUUUGAACAGUCUUGGUAAGAUCCCACCCUCUGCAUCUGCCCAAGAUAUGUUUGAAACUGAUUGCAGCGAUGCCAGCACUUCUACCGUCGCUUCAGAGGAGCAUUGCGUGCUGGAACCAAGGUUGGAGACCAUUAGUCUGAGCAGUGACAUUGUUGACAAGGCUACACUAGAGAAUUCUGCGCAAUUGAAGACAGUCAACUUUACAGUCAGUGAGGAAUCUCACCCCAUUGAACUCCUACAAGAACCUGUAAUUGUUACAACCGAUACCAUUACUGAAGUCAGUGAUGUUGUCAAAGAUGUAUCUGAAGCAGUCACUGCUGCAGUAGUCACCACAGAUGAACCAGUAGUUGAAAAAGACAACCAGCUACCACAAGCUUCGCCUUCAUCCCCAGUUAAGAGUGGGGAGAAUUUCUUUCACUCUCUAGAACUUCAAUGCAAGAAGGAAGACAGUGAACGCCAUUGUUUGCCUGCAAAACAAAACCGAGCUGUGAACACGACGCUGGAUAAAGGUUCAGCCGAUAGUCACAGUGAUUUACCCAUCUCGAAUAUUUUUAGCAGUCUUGAUUUUUCCAGUGAUGAAGAGCUGGAUUUCUCCUAUACAGAAUUGUCAAGUGAUUCCAAUGAUUAUUCUUCUGAUGAAGAUAAUGUACCUCCAAGAACUCACACAGGUGGUAAAUGGAAACCUGGUGAAGGUCCAUUGUCUUCUAAAAAUUUUCCACAUCCCAGUUAUACUCGUGGCAAGUGGAAACCUGGAGAAACACCUCAUGAGUUGCAGCUAAAUAAAAACAACACCAAUAUUUCUGCUGAUGACAGUUCUAUAUUGGAAGAUGUAACUGGUGUUGAAGAAAGCUCUACUAAUGUUGUUACCAGUAAAGAGCCAGAUUCAAGUAAUCUCAAAGAAAAUUACUGCUCUGCAUGUGAUAGCUUCUGUUGUGAACAUGUAGAAAAAUCUGCCGAUUCCCCUAAAGACACUGCUGGAACGUCUAAAGACUCUAGUGAAGUUGUCACCGUUGAAGAACAAUCUACAAAGAAACAGAAGAAGAGCAAAAAGGACAAUGGCAAAAGUUCUGUGCAUCAUUGCCAGAUAUGUGAUAAGUCUUUCUUCAGUAAGUAUGUCAUUGGUAGGCAUAUACUGACUCGAUAUCAUCAAAACCGAGCUAAAAAUCACCCAGAUGGCUUCCAUGUUCUAGAGAAAUAUUACCGUUUCGUGAUCCGGCUCAGUCCAUUUCAGUGUGGAGUCUGCCAGUUUUAUUUCAAUCGAGAGAAUGAUCUGAUGGACCAUAUGAAUACUAGCGAACAUUCAAAGAACUGUCUUGCUCUGGUGGGUCCUAUGUUUUGUACCGUUUGCAGCCUUAAGCUGUCUUCCAAUGCUGAGAUGUUAAAUCAUUUAACGGAAGACCUCCAACAUAAGGAGGCACUGGAACGACAAAAGCAGUUGUGCAUCAUUAAAGAGUGCCGCUACCAGAUUCAGUGCCCUUUCUGCGAUAUAAUGAUGCACUCGUCAGUUCGUCUCCGCCGUCACAUAAGACACAAACAUAAGAGUGGCAAAAAGGUGAAGGCUUCACCGAGGCGCAAGGGCCGACACAAACCUGAGUGCCCUCAUUGUAACAUUCAGUGCCACUCAAUGUCAUCGUUGGAAAUCCACAUACGAAGGCGUCACACCAAAGAGAAACCCUUUUCCUGUAACCCUUGCAAUAAAAAUUUUUCCGACAGCUACUCGUUGAAGCUGCAUUUGAAGACAGACAGGCAUAAUAAGAAGCUGACCAGUGAGCGGGUGAGUACACCUCGGCGGAAGAAGAAGACUUUCAAUCCUGAUUUAAUACCAACUGAUGAAGUGGUUAUGGAAGGAGAUGAAGAUGAAUCCAUUCCGGGAGAAGAAGAAGUGGCCAAUAAUGAUAAAGAUGAUCUGUACGUGAAUGGAAACAAAGAACCUGAGAAAACUCUCAAAGUCAGUGGUCCUCGGAAGUACUCGGCAGCACGGAAGAGCAAAGCCAAAGACAAAAUCUAUAAGUGUGACCAUUGUGAUUUCACAGCUCCCACUUACGGUGAUCUUCGGCCACACUAUCUCGACGUACAUUCAGGUCAUGUUUUUAUGUGCAACGUCUGCGAUCUAGUGUUCCUGUCUGAGAAAGCAUUACGGGUGCACUAUGCUGGUAAAAUGCAUCAGAUGAACUUGGUAAAAGGCAAUGAAACCAACUUGUAUACAUGUGAAGAGUGUGGUAAGAAGUUUGAUGAUGAGCGCUGGUGCCAGUUCCACGUCGAGGCGCAUCAUAAUCACAUGAGCAAUGAAGAAGCUGUAAGGGCUAAGUUUCGGGGCCAAGACAUCACUACCAGCCAGUUUCGAGCCUACUUGGAUGAAGUUGCUAAGCAACCACGUGAUAGUUCUGUACAGUGUCCGGAAUGUUCUAAGAAGCUGAAAAAGGAACACGUGAUGGAACAUCUCCGCAUGCAUACGGGAGAAAAGCCGUUUGUCUGCAGGUUCUGCCAGAAUGGUUUCAUCUCUAGUCUGUCUCUGCGCCGCCACAUUCUACGUCAUCUGGGUUUAACGGAACGCAAAUGUCAGAUAUGCGGCAAAGAAUUUCAAAAAGUUUUCUCUUUUAAUGUACACAUGAAACAACACGAGAACAACGAUGUGGGCAAGUUUACCCACAUGUGCGAUGUUUGCGGUCAAGCUUUCCCACUGAAAAUGCAGCUGGUUGCCCACAUGCGACGCCAUGGGCAGCGCAUUCAUAAAUGCCCCUUCCCCAAUUGCCGAUGGGACUUUGUUUUCAAAAGCGAACUAAAUAGCCACGUUCGAACACAUACUGGUGAAAAACCAUUUUUGUGUGACAUCUGUGGCUAUUCUGGCGCUACAAAGACUCGGCUAGCUCGUCAUUCUAGAAUUCACACUGGAGAGAGGACAUACCAUUGUGAUUAUUGCACGUACAAAGCCGGUAACAGUACUCACUUGCGGCGCCACAUGCGUAUACACAUUGGUUCCAAACCUUAUAAGUGUCCAUAUUGUUCUUACUCCUGUAAUACUCAUGAAAAUAUUCGUAAACACAUAACAAAAACCAAACGGCACAUGGGUCUGUUCAUUUACCCAUGCAAGUUUUGCCCAUUUGGCACAAACAGUACAAAAGAUUUCCGUAACCACUUGUUAGAGGUUCAUCAGGACCAGUGUGACCACAAAAGCCUCGAAGUUCUCUCAGUUUUUACAGGCCUUUAUAAUAAAGAGAUUGACCCCAGAAAACCCCCCGAAGGUAGUCAGAUUUUCCCAAUCAAAGAGCGUAAGCAACGUGCACCAAGGAACUCCCUUCCACCUAACCAGAUGGAUUUGUUGACUGAAGAACAAGAAGAACAACAGCUCGAGCAAAUUCCUUAUAAAGAGGUUGAAAGCAGUCCGUUGGAUGCGCAAGAGGUGACCGUCACGCCUGAGGCCCACUCUCUGAUUGCUUCUGAGAUGAUUGCUGUUGCAAUGACCGAAGCUGCAGUACCAACUCAUAUUGCAACGACGCAGCAAAUCACCACGCAGCACACAGGUACUGUUGACACGCAGCUGCUGCAAGUUGCCGAAUCGAACAUGCACACCUUGCAAAACAGCCAGUUCCGCGGCGACAUACUACAGCAUCCGCAGUUCCGCACUGACACCAUCACUGCCGGUCACUUCCGUGCAGACGGACAAGUCAUAGCACAAGCUCAAACGGUUGACCCGAACACUGCCUCCAAUGUCCUCUCUCUCGCUGAAGCCCACUCUAUGACCUCGUCCUUAGAUUUAGGUUAUUGUACUACUAUAGAAUAUAUUUGCCUACCAUCAGCAAACGGUACAUAACUACGGCCUAAAUGGUGACUUAGAAUUUAAAAUGAACAGACAGCCUUAAACCAGCAGAAUUUACUCAGUGAUAUUUUUUGAUUUUUAUUUAUUUUUUUUCAAAUUAUUUUUUUUUUUUGCAAUAUAUCUCCAG